AUGUCUGCUAAGGCAUACUCCGCACGGCAGCGCAAAAACCAGCUCCUGCCCGCUGUCGCUGGUCACCCGCAGCAGAGCCGCAACGCACAAGCCAAACUUGGAAAUUGCGAUGAAAGGUCUUUCUUUCCCUCUCGCCCAACUGUCCACCAACCACCACGUGGCACAGCCUGGCCGGUGUCUGCCUGGCUUUUCAGCGACUCCGUUGUUCCUCCGCUUUGCCAUAAACUAGGCCAAGCGUCUCCUCGUGUCAACUUUGCUCGCACCACCUCUUCCCCGACCGCCAUUGUCCGCGGAAGGAAUUCUGGAUUUCCAUAUCGGACAGCAGUGAACCGGGGCGACAAUAAGGACAACGCUGCCCGCGUCCUGUGUCUCGUCUGA